GACACAGCCAGAGCACUGAGAGAUAUCAGGUAUUGAUGUAACUGGAUUGAAUAAGGGAACCUUCUUCCUGAGCACAGACUUUCAAGCCUGUUAUCAGCAUGAACUCAUAUGUGUUAGACAAUCCCUUGAAUAGUUCAUAUCCAUCCUUCACUACAGGAAGCAUCAGAAUACCACCACAAACUCCAAAAGUCUUAGACACCAAUGACUAUUCACAAACAUUGGGGAAAUCACAGCAGAAAGUUAAAGAAGAUGGCAAAUUGGCAGGAACUGGGCAACAAUCAUUAUUUACAGAGCGUAAUAUAGUCAUCAAACAAGAGGACAACAUUUAUGACUUAUCUAGUGAAAUGAAUAUCCUAGAGGAUAAACCACACACAUUUACUGUGAUUUCAAAGCAUUUCAAAGAAGGGAAAAGUCUUCAGUCUAUCCAAAUUAUUCAUACAGAUAAGAAACCAUUCAAACACCACACAGUUCACACAGCUGUGAAACCUCACACGUGUACAGAAUGUGGGAGAUGUUUCACAUCCAAAGGAAGCCUUAUGUAUCACAAAAAGACCCACACAGGGGAGAAACCUUUCACAUGUGCAAAAUGUGGAAAAAGUUUCACACAUAAGAGUUAUCUGAAAACUCAUGAAAGGAUUCACACAGGAGAAAAACCUUUCACUUGUACAGAGUGUGGGAAAAGUUUUACAAACAAGAGGGAUCUAAAAAAUCAUGAAAGGAUUCACACAGGGGAAAAGCCGUUCACAUGUACUGUGUGUGGAAAAAGUUUUACACGAAUAAGUAGUCUGAAAAUUCAUGAAAUGAGUCACACAGGAGAAAAACCUUUCACUUGUACAGAGUGUAGAAAAAGUUUUACAAACAAGAGUGAUCUAAAAAAUCAUGAAAGGAUUCACACAGGAGAAAAGCCGUUCCCAUGUACUGAGUGUGGAAAAAGUUUUACAGAAAAAUGUAAUCUGAUAACUCAUGAAAGGAUUCACACAGGGGAAACACCUUUCACGUGUACAGAGUGUGGAAAACGUUUUACACGAAUAAAUAGUCUGAAAACUCAUGAAAGGAUUCACACAGGAGAAAAGCCUUUCACAUGUACAGAGUGUGGAAAAAGUUUUACAAACAAGCGGGAUCUAAAAAAUCAUGAAAGGAUUCACACAGGAGAAAAACCUUUCACAUGUACAGAGUGUGGAAAAAGUUUUACAGAAAAAAGUAAUCUGAAAACUCAUGAAAGGAUUCACACAGGGGAAACCCCUUUCACAUGUACAGAGUGUGGAAAACCUUUUACACGAAUAAGUAGUCUGAAAACUCAUGAACGAAUUCACACAGGAGAAAAACCUUUCACAUGUACACAGUGUGGAAACAGUUUUACAGAAAAGAGUAGUCUGAAACAUCAUGAAAGAAUUCACACAGGAGAAAAGCCUUUCACAUGUACAGAGUGUGGAAAAAGAUUUACAGAAAAGAGUCAUCUGAAAACUCAUGAAAUGAUUCACACAGGAGAAAAGCCUUUCACAUGUACAGAGUGUGGAAAAUGUUUUACACGAAUUGAUCAUCUGAACACUCAUGAAAGGAUUCACAAAGGAGAAAAACCUUUCACAUGUACAGAGUGUGGAAAAGGAUUUACACGAAUUGAUAAUCUGAACACUCAUGAAAGGAUUCACACAGGGGAAAAGCCGUUCACAUGUACAGAGUGUGGAAAAGGAUUUACACGAAUUGAUCAUCUGAACACUCAUGAAAGGAUUCACACAGGGGAAAAGCCGUUUACAUGUACAGAGUGUGGAAAAGGAUUUACACGAAUUGAUCAUCUGAACACUCAUGAAAGGAUUCACACAGGGGAAAAGCCAUUCACAUGUACAGAGUGUGGAAAAGGAUUUACACGAAUUGAUCAUCUGAACAAUCAUAAAAGGAUUCACACAGGAGAAAAAUGUUUCACAUGUACAGACUGAAAACUCAUGAAAGGAUUCACAAGGGAAGUAAACUUUCACAGGUUUAGAAAGAGAUAUAAAAAAACACCAAAUAUUUACUUACAAAUAAACUUUAUGUGCACAGUGUGAAGACCUUUUUAAAAAUUAUCCUGAAGAGGACAAACUCUCUAAAUAGAAGAGUCCAAAAAAGGUUCCUAUUGCAAAAAAAUACUUUCUAAAUCCCAGUUAUAAAACCUCCAGAUUUAAAGUG